AUGAUCAGGAUGGUGAUCUUGCCCCUUUCGGUCGUACUGCUCGCUGCGUCAGGUUACUUAGAUGCAGCCGACAAACCGAAAGAUGACGCACAGAAAUGCAGUCCGGGACUUGGAGAUUACAUCACAAGGGUGUGCUCUAGCGCUGGCACCAGGUUAGCUGAUUUUUCUUCAUGCUCAUAUACAUGUGAAAGUACAAAUGAUAAAGGUCAAAUUACCAGGACUACGCGUUUCAUGCCAGACGGCACGCCUUGUGGAGACUGUAAGGAAUGCUGCGGCGGAACAUGCAGCCGUGUCCACUUCAAUUUUCAAAACUGGUUAACUCUGAAGUCAUGCCCUAAAUAA